GGCCUGGGCGGGAUGGGGCCGGGACCUGGUGGCCGCGUGCUUCCAGCCUCUUAGCGUCAGGCUCAGGGCGCCGCUCGUCUUCCUUUUCUUCCCAUUUCUUCCUCGAGUGCUUUGAACGCUACCCACGAUCGUUGGCAGCUUGGCUAAGUUCUCAUCCUUCAAAGCCCGUGUCUAGGGCGAUCUUUUUGUUUCCCCUCAUGGAUCUGUGGCCUCCGGGGCAAGAUCCGAGUUUAAUUUCUUCCCACAUCAGAUCCAGCAUAGAGCUAAGCACAGACUAGCUGUUGAAUGAGUGAAAGAGAUCUACACAUGGUGGAGUGCGUCAGGAGUCCAACAUCUUGCUGGAAGAAGUCACUCAGACAUUUCCCCCCCGCCCUGUGGAGCUGACGGGCUACUAUUGUGAGUCAACCCUGCAGUUAUAGGAAGCCCUUUGUGUACGCAUGGCCUCGCUGGUGGCAUAUGAUGAUUCUGACUCCGAGACUGAGACCGAGCCUACCACAAGUGUGAACUCUGAAGAUCAGAUAGAUGAUGCCUCUGCCAUGACCAGACCUUCUGGGAUGGGUUUUACAUCUGGUACAGUGGAUGUGACAAAAGAGGGAGCUCAACACAUAGGGGACAGUCCUUCUGAAGACACAGGGGACCGACGUCUGCCGCUGGCUCGGAUCUGGAGAAGUCCCCCGGGAUCUUGUCCCAGCCAGAGGCUACAGUGGCCCUCUGAGGACCCGGAUACUGCCUUUCCCGUCAGUGAGCCUCCUCGCCCUUCGUGGAUGAGCCGCGCUCCAGCCGGCCACGUGCCUCUGGCAGCUGCCUGCUUAAAGCCAGUGAAAGCUGCGUGGGCUGCCCUCCGCUCAUCUUCUCAUGCUCAAAGCGAAGUUGAAAGCACUUCUGGAAUCGCCAGCUCUUCUCAGAGGAAGAGAGGUGAGGACUGUGUGGUCCCCUAUAUCCCCAAGAGACUGAGGCAGCUGCAGGCACCGAAUCCAGAAGGUGGGGGCAAAGACAAAGAACCUCCGGGACCCCCUGCAGGAUGUGCCCCAGCGCCCCUCUGUGUGCCUCCCACAGUGUCUGAGUUCAUCCAGCCGUUUUUGAACAGUCAGUAUAGAGAGACCAAGGUCCCCAGGAAAGUGCUUUUCCACCUGCGAGGCCACAGGGGCCCUGUCAACAGCAUUCAGUGGUGUCCAGUGUUCUGUAAGAGCCACAUGCUUCUCUCUACUUCCAUGGAUAAGACCUUCAAGGUGUGGAAUGCUGUGGACUCGGGGCACUGCCUGCAGACCUACUCUGUACACAGCGAGGCAGUGCGGGCUGCACGAUGGUCUCCGUGUGGCCGGCGCAUCCUCAGUGGUGGCUUCGACUUUGCCCUGCACCUAACGGACCUGGAAACAGGAACCCAAGUAUUUAGUGGUCGGAGCGACUUCAGAGUCACCACCUUGAAAUUCCAUCCAAAAGAUCACAACGUCUUUUUAUGUGGCGGCUUCAGCUCUGAAAUCAAAGCUUGGGACAUGAGGACUGGCAAGGUGGUGAAAGGCUACAAGGCAACCAUCCAACAGACCCUGGACAUCCUCUUCCUCCAAGAAGGGUCCGAGUUCCUGAGCAGCACUGACGCAUCCACUCGGGACUCUGCUGACCGAACCAUUAUUGCCUGGGAUUUCCGGACUGCUGCAAAAAUCUCCAACCAAAUUUACCAUGAGAGGUACACCUGCCCCAGCCUUGCCUUGCAUCCGAGGGAGCCUGUGUUCCUGGCGCAAACCAAUGGCAACUACCUGGCUCUCUUCUCCUCUGUGUGGCCCUACCGGAUGAGCAGACGGCGCCGUUAUGAAGGGCACAAGGUGGAAGGCUAUGCUGUGGGCUGUGAGUGUUCCCCGUGUGGUGACCUGCUGGUGACAGGCAGCGCUGAUGGCCGGGUUCUGAUGUUCAGCUUCCGCACUGCCAGACGGGCGUGCACACUACAAGGGCAUGCUCAGGCCUGCCUUGGCACCACCUACCACCCUGUGCUGCCUUCUGUCCUUGGCACCUGCUCCUGGGGAGGAGACAUCAAGAUCUGGCACUAAUGGCAACUGAGACCCUGCCCCUGGGUGGGUGACACUGAAGUUGGCUGGAGGCUGUCCCCUCUGCCUGCCGGGCCUCAGUGACUCCUCUGUGAAAUGGACAUGAGAAGCUGUCUCAGGGUGUAAGGACCGUGUUAGUAAAGGCAUUGCCAAAUGGCUGGCGAUACCCAA